GUUCAAUAAAAGUUGAUUAUUUUUGUGAGGUUUGUUAUUGUGAUAAGAUAUAACAUUAGUAGAAAGCCAUUUUUACGCGAAGAAGUGCUUGGUUCUUCAAAAGACGCAAUAUUUAGACGAAAAACAGUACUCAGCAAUGAUAUAAAAUGCUAUGCUGUGGAAUGGCUACGACUAUGACGUCACAGACGCGCGACAAUGGAAAACAAACCGCAAUGUUUUACAAUCCGUUUCCUGACUUGGUCUAUACCAACUUUGGGUGCAACAACAGCUGCACACGAUUACCGAACCAUAACGAAGAGCGGUGACGACGUUUGUCUUCGGUUUCUAAAAGCUUGUAUAUGUUGUGUAUGCGCCUUUCUUUCGCUUCACGUGUAAAGCCGUUUAGCCACUUAUACAAUUGAUUGUAUCAGCAAACUAUUCCUAAAGUCAUUUUAUAGCCUACUAAAAGGUAUGUAAUGCAGGCAGUGUUGCGCAAAUCAAGCGAAUAACGGUGACGCAGCAUGUUUUCGCGCAUUUUUAAAGUUAAUUUCCGGCACGAACGCCCGACUUUUUCCCCAAAAAAAUAGACAGCAGGUAUCAGUGAGGCCUAUUGAUCAUUUUGAACCUAAAAUUUUAGGUGGCCACUAGCUAAAGGAUUACCCAUUGGUCGUGAAAUGUUCAUCUGAUUUGGGUCGCGCUAAAAAAACUUUGGGAACCACUGUCUUAAGGAGUCAAUGAUUGUAAUAUAUACAACCCUAUUCCAUAUAUACGAAUAUGAUACUAGGAGAAAAAUACAAAUAUCGUUGGGUAGUGUUGUGUAUGGCGGCUGUGAUCAAUGGCUUAACAUGGGGGCUGCUGUAUUCUAUUGGUGUGAUAUACUCAAGUUGGCUUACUUGUUUCAAUGAACCAGCGAGUUAUGUAUCUGUGGCAGGAAGUUUGCCAUUGACCAUUGGAAGCUUGGGAGGUCCACUUUUUCGACCAACGGUUAAUAAGUUGGGUUUACGGGUGGCUAGUUUCUUCGGGGGUGUUUUGAUGGGUGCCGGAAUUGCAGUAAGCCACUUCGCUGAGUCUGUUCUUACACUUUGCUUUACAUUUGGUCUUGUGGCAGGCUUCGGAGCUGGCCUGGCAAACUUCAGUGCUUCAGUUGCGGUAAAUGAAUAUUUCUACCGCGAACGGUCGCUUGCUGAAGGAAUUAUGGGCGCGGGCUUGUGUGUUGGCAUGUUUCUACUGUCGAUGCUGCAGCAGCUUUUCAUUGAAACCUAUACAUGGCAGGGUACCAUGUUACUCACUGGCGGACUAUGCACACAUAUAUGCCUCGCCAGUCUCUUCUUCAUUCCGCCAAACGAAGUCGAAAAUCACCCUCUAAAUAUUUGGAGAAAAUCAAACUUAAAAUUGAGGGAGGAACCGAAGAUAAUGCAUGAGAUUGAAGAAGCUCAAAGAAACAACCUUAUCACUAAAAAAGUGGACGGAGGUAAUCCGGCAGACAAGAAGGGCCGUUGGGACUUUGUAAAAAUUUGGUGCGACCCAAGGUUCAUACUCAUAAUUGCAUCAGAUUUCUUGAGUUGGGUUGCCCUGUACGUUCCAUACGUCCAUCUUGUUGAGCGGGCAAGGACUCAAGACAUUUCUGAAAGUACGUCUGCAUGGCUUUCGCCGGUAAUUGGGUUUGGAGGGCUACUGGGUCGGCCUUUAGUCGGCUUUGCUGCGGAUUUCUUUAAAAUUCACCCCUUUUGGGCCUAUACUACAGUGCAGAUGCUUUGUGGAAUUGGAACAUUUCUCAGUCCGUUCUGGUCCAGCUUAGAAGGUCUUUUCGUGUUCGCUGUCUAUUUUGGCCUUCUGUCCAGUGGAUACGGGUUUAUUAAAGCAAGUGCCGCAAAAAUUCUUGGUCCAACCAACUACAUGGAUGCAUUUAGUUGGAUGUUACUGUUUGAGGGGAUAGGCACUUUUCUUGGACCUACAGUUGGUGGAGCCAUUUUUGACGUGACGCAGUCUUAUGAUUGGACUUUCCGAUUUGCUGGCGCCUGUCUUAUAAUCUCAGCAGCUAUUUGCGUAUCAAAACCACUUAUUGAUCGGCAAGCUAAAAAUUCCUACAUUUUUCGGCAAGCAGAACAGAGUGUAGUUAAUUGAAAAAAAAUAGGACAUUGAAUUCAAUGUAACUUGCUUUAUCCUCGCGUGGCCGGAAAACGACAGUCGUUAUAUAACACGGGUGUUCUGUUUUAUAUAUACCUCGUGUCAGUUUACACGAUUAACCAUGUAUAUCUUACUUUUUUGGUAAAUAUUUUUAUACAUAUGGAUGGCUGAUAAUUUGUACAAUUCAUUAAUGACUACUGGUUUGAAACAAUUGCCGUUAAGCAUCUUGUCCAAAGGACACAUGUACCCGCAAUGAUAUAGCAGCGGUUCAAUCUCACUCUAUAGGCUAUACACGAGUUUUUAUUUUUCGUUGGUACAUCCCCUUUUAAGCUGUUGUUGAAAAAAUACAGUAGGGUGGGUUAAGACA